AUGGACAAACUUCCCUACGCACUCAUUUCGCUCAUUGUCUCGUGUCUCCUGGAGGAUGAUGAAGGAAACCGAAAGCCUUGGUCAAAACCACCACCUAUCGUCCUGUAUGCGUCCAUCUCCCGCUCAUGGCAGGACGCCGUUGAGAUGCACACCUUUUCCCAGGUGAAGGUGCGUAGCGACGAGUUUUCUCGCUUCGAGACAGCCUUUUGCCACAUGCGCCGGCGGCGAGCUGUCUCUACAAUUGACUAUGAUAUUGUGCUACCGCCGUACAGUCAGGCACGGUGCUGGAAGUUUGAGCGACCACAUGAGCAUGCAGAAAACAUGGCCGUCUUCUCACGGGCCGUCCAUGCCCUCAUCAGCAGCCUUCACGCGUGGCAAACCGACGAGGAAGCCCUGAAUGUGAGGGCAGAAUCGCGGCUUGAUAGCAGCAGUCUUCAACGCCAGGGAAUAGGUCUCUACCGUAUGGGUGGCCACUUCCUCGACUUCACUGAGCCAUGUUCUGUUCUUCCCAAAGUUCGAAGGGUUUCUGAGCUGAGCAUCAGAGGAGUACUCAGACCACUGCAUCCCAACGCGGCCUUCAGGAUUAUUUCGGCUUUCCCAAGUUUGGAGUAUAUUUGCAUAGACUUGCUUGAACCGGAUGCGGUACAACAAGGUAUGCAAAGACAACAUCGCUCUGGUAAGUCGCACAUCUCGUCAAUGAACACGAUGAGCUUCUCCUCGCUAAGAACGCUCUACCUUAACUGGGACUCAUGUGAACCGCUGAAUCAUAGUUUUACACCAAACAACCUUGACGGCCCUGGACAGGGUUCAAUAGACACCCUCAGCACGGCUCUGCAUAACAUAUCACAGUCACUCCCUAUCGCCGAGCUCUACUUGUAUGGUCCCUUCAGAAUAUCCCCGGAACUCUUUUGGCCCAAUGAUUCGCCAGCUCCUGAUUCUCCUCCACACUGGCCAGCAUUACAGUGCCUCACAGUCAACGCAAGUAUUGUCGCCUCUGACGGCAUUUACUACUAUACGGGGACACCAGGAACUCCAGAGUCAGAAAACGACGAUCUAUGGUGGCCCGACAACUCCAGAGCGGAUGGCGAGGUGGACAAUUCCGGCUACGCCAGCGAUGAUUCCCGGGUGCGCGACCCGUUUGACCGGCAAAACAUACGUAGGAACAACGGCACAUCGCCCCUCAAUGACUGGCGAUCGGAAUUAGACCCAAGUCAAUUCAACCCCCUGGUGCUCGCUCUGUCGCGGGCUAUCUGCUGCAUGCCGGUGCUGGGCGAGCUGGACUUUUACAUGGGUAUGUCGGACAUUCAAGGACCCUCUGGAAUUGUCCUUAAUGGCGAGGCCGAGUGGGAUGUGGCGCCGGUGCUGGCGGGAAAUAGAGAGAUUGAGCACAUUAAGCGAAGGUGUUGGAAGGCCGAGAUCGGAUGCAAAGCCAAGUGGGAGCCUCCAGGGGAAGUGCUCGAACUUUGGCGUCGUUUCGUUGGGCCAGGUGGCGAUAUCACGGUUAACAAGCGAUCUAUGUAG